AUGUCCUUGGCACAGAAGAUGAUCCGUCGGAAGAAGAACGUAAAGAAGGGGAUCCAGUUUUGCCUGAUGGUUUGCGGUGCCUCAGGUACUGGCCGUACUACCUUCGUCAACACGCUCUGUGGCAAGCCGGUGCUCUCGCACAAGGAGUCCGAUGAUGCUGGCGCAGCCCACGUCGAGGAGGGCGUUAAGAUCAAGCCCGUUACCGUUGAGCUGGAACUGGACGAGGAGGGCACCCGUAUCUCGCUGACCAUUGUCGACACCCCCGGCUUCGGUGACCAGAUUGAUAACGAGGCCAGCUUCUCAGAGAUUGUUGGCUACCUGGAGAGGCAAUACGACGAUAUUCUGGCGGAGGAAUCGCGUAUCAAGCGUAACCCCCGCUUCAGAGAUAAUCGUGUGCAUGCCAUGCUCUAUUUUAUCACCCCGACUGGUCAUGGGCUGCGCGAGCUCGACAUUGAGCUGAUGAAGCGCCUCGCGCCCCGCGUCAACGUGAUCCCCGUUAUCGGCCGCGCCGACUCGCUCACCCCAUCCGAGCUCGCGGAAUCCAAGAAACUGGUGAUGGAGGACAUUGAGCACUACCGCAUCCCUGUCUAUAACUUCCCGUACGACAUCGAAGAGGACGACGAGGACACGGUUGAGGAGAACGCUGAGCUUAGGGGGCUGAUGCCCUUCGCCAUCGUCGGAUCGGAGGACGUGGUCGAGAUUGGUGGUCGCCAGGUGCGCGCCCGGCAAUACCCGUGGGGUGUUGUUGAGGUCGACAACCCGCGCCACUCGGAUUUCCUGGCUAUUCGCUCUGCCCUGCUGCACAGCCAUCUUGCUGACCUCAAGGAAAUCACGCACGACUUCCUCUACGAAAACUACCGUACCGAGAAGCUUAGCAAGAGUGUCGAGGGCGGUGCUGGAGUCGAUUCGUCGAUGAACCCUGAGGACCUGGCCUCGCAGUCUGUCCGCCUCAAGGAGGAGCAGCUUCGGCGCGAGGAGGAGAAGCUUCGUGAGAUUGAAGUCAAGGUCCAGCGUGAGAUCAACGAGAAGCGCCAAGAGCUGCUCGCUCGUGAAUCUCAGUUGCGUGAGAUUGAGGCACGCAUGCAGCGCGAGGCAGCGGCUGCCGCCGCGACUCAACAGGCUGCGGCUGGUAACGAAGCCAAUGGCGCCGAGUAG